UCAGACCCGCCCCGCCCGGCGCUCUCGCGCGCUUCGCGGCGCUCUCGCGAGACUUCCCAACAUGGCGCCGGCGGGCAGCGCGAACCUGCCGUGGGUGGAGAAAUACCGUCCGCAGGCGCUAUCCGAGCUGGUGUCUCACCGGGACAUCCUCAGCACUGUGCAGCGCUUCAUCAGCGAGGAUCGGCUCCCGCAUUUGCUCCUCUAUGGGCCGCCCGGCACCGGGAAGACAUCCACCAUCCUGGCCUGUGCCAGGCAGCUGUACCGGGAGCGGGAAUUCGGCUCCAUGGUGCUGGAGCUCAACGCCUCCGAUGACCGCGGCAUCGACAUCGUCCGAGGGCCCAUCCUGAGCUUCGCCAGCACCAGGACCAUCUUUAAGAAAGGCUUCAAGCUCGUCAUCCUGGAUGAAGCCGACGCCAUGACCCAGGAUGCUCAGAACGCCCUGAGGAGAGUGAUCGAGAAGUUCACAGAAAACACCCGGUUUUGCCUCAUCUGCAACUACCUCUCCAAGAUCAUUCCCGCCCUGCAAUCCCGCUGCACCCGCUUCCGUUUCGGCCCCCUGACCCCGGAGCUGAUGGUGCCGCGGCUCCAGCACGUCAUCCAGGAGGAGGGGGUGGAUGUGACCGAGGACGGGAUGAAGGCUCUGGUGACCCUCUCGAGCGGGGACAUGCGCAGGGCCCUCAAUAUCUUGCAGAGCACCUCCAUGGCCUUUGGGAAGGUGACAGAGGAGAACGUUUACACCUGCACGGGGCAUCCCCUCAAGUCUGACAUUGCCAACAUCCUCGACUGGAUGCUGAACCAGGAUUUUUCCACUGCCUACCGCCAAAUCAUGGAGCUGAAGACGCUGAAGGGCCUGGCCCUGCAGGACAUCCUCACCGAGAUCCAUCUCUUCGUGCACAGAGGUGGGCACAGGGUCCGGCUCCCGAUGAUCCUGGAGAGGCCAAACUUCCCCCUGGCCCUCACCGAGCGUUUCCUUCUCUCCACAGUCGACUUCCCACCCUCCAUCCGCAUCCAGCUGCUGAUCAAGCUGGCAGACAUCGAGUACCGCUUGGCUGCUGGCACCAGCGAGAAGAUCCAGCUGAGCUCCCUCAUCGCCGCCUUCCAGGUCACCAGGGACCUGGUGGUGGCCGAAGCCUGAGUCCUGCCAGGUGGAUCUGCUGCUGGAUUUGGGAAGGACCAUCGGCCCCGUGCCUGGAGCUGCUCCCUGCAGCCUCCCAGUCCCUUUAUGGAAGCCUUGAGCCCACAGCCAGGGCACAAGAGUUGGGUAACGUUAUUCCCAAGCUCCUUGGGGAAAUACAGGUGCCUCCAAAGCCCA